AAAAAUGGAUAUCGUCGUGCUCGACACGGAGAACCUCCCGGACCGCACCUAUGUCUCCAUUCGCAUCGGAGACAUGCGGCGGCAGGCUAUGAGAGUGCACAACUCCCUCUCCCCCUCAUUUGUAAUGCAAAAUCCCAAAUCCUGUUGGUGCCUUGUGGCAGUGGUUGCAUUGCAAAUUCUGCAAGCCCAAACAGUCCAAUAGUUUGGGCAUGAACUUGUCAUGCACAGACUCCACGUGUGUUGGUCGUUGUGAUGCUGGUCAUGCCAGACAAAUGAGGGGGAGGGGGAGUCGUGCACUCUCAUACAGGCCCCCUGGAAACCGAAAUCCACUUCCAAGCCAACCGCAGUGACCGAAGGCGAGGAAGCCACGACACCCGAAACCCCGUCAAAGCCGACGGCAAGUGACUCCGUGUUUCAUUUUUCCAAAUCCUCCCAUGCGACCAUGAAAGUGGACCUGUUUCAGCACCUGGGCUCUACAUCGGUUGGGAUGUACAGAAUGAAAAACGACGACGAGCAUGUGGAAGAGUUGAAGAUUGCGAACACUGCUGCUAUGGUGGAGAAUACUAGCGAAGUUCAGGAACAAAUCAUGAAGUUGAAAUGCAAAUGCGUGUUUCAAGACGAGAGAGUGGACGAAAUGGGCAGGCAAAAGCGGCAGAGCCGACACCAAGUGACGCUGAAUGCGACGAAGUAUUUGGACGAUCACGAGAUUCAGCCGACAUUGCAAGCGCUGAUCCGGGCGUUGUUGGAUAAACAGUAUUUGAAUUUCUUUGCUUGUCUUCAUGCGUCAUUCGCAUAGACUUUGGUUUUUGAAACAUACAUGGAGCAAUAAUUACGAACCGAAAAUUCAAGUUUGUUUCACAACCCAAACCAAAACUACUGUACAGGCCCGAAGACGCGCUCGCCUUCAUGGUGAGCCACUUGAACAAACUCCGCGGGAUUGACGAUGCCGCUCCGGCCCCCGCCCCGGAAGGCGAGGGGACGAUUGCGGUGGAAGAAACUACUGCGGUGGAGGUUGCUGCGGCGGGGCAGGACGAGCAGCCGCCGGCAGAAGAUGUUACUACCCCUGGUCCACCGGCGGAGGAAAGCGGUCCGGCGGCAGCUGAAGAGCCUGCGGCGGCGGUUGAAGAAGCUCCGGCUACUGCUGAUGCCGUUGAUACAGCUGCGGCGGAGGAAGCGCCUGCUCCUCCGGCGGCCGAGGAGGAAGCUAUUGCUCCCGCGGCCGAGGAGGGUGAAGCUGCGCAGCCGGCGGGUGACGAAGCUGCCGCGGCGGAGGUGACGGAAGAACAAGCUCCUGCUGCCGCGGAAGAAGCAGCUGCGCCGGCUGCCGAGGAUGAAGCUGCUGCACCCGCGGCGGCGGACGAAGCUGCUGCUGCGGCUGAGGAAACGCCGGCUGCCGCGGCUGAGGAAACGCCGGCUGCGGCGGAAGAGGAGCCGGCUACCGCUCCGGAGGAAGCAGCGCCCGCUGCGGAAGAGACGCCGGCCGUGGCGGAGGUAGAACAAUCACCUCCAGCUGAAGCAGAGCCGGUAGCCGCGGCCGAAGAAGCCCCCGCAACUGCCGCUCCGGAAUCUACCGAGCCAGAAGCUGCCGGAGGUGAAGGACCUGCGCCCGAAGAGGCUACGGCGGCAGAAGAAACUCCUGCCGCACCCGCGGCGGAAGAAGAAGCUCCUGCUGAUGUUGUACCCGCGGCGGAAGAAGCUGCAGCGGCUGCUGCUCCGGAAGAAGCACCUGCGGCUGAAGCGGCGGCAGAAGAAGUGCCUGCUGAGUCCGAGGCUGCGGCUUAAGGGGAGAGGGAAGAGACUGAGAGUUUGCAUUUUCUAUAUUGAAAAUUUCACGCGGGGGCCGUUGUAUUCUUUCGUUGACAACAUCACAUGCAUUUACCUGUUUUUGACCUUGUGGUCCAAUUUUGUACAUUACUGUUUUUUCUCAGCACGACGGCACACUCUAGUAUUUGUGCUUUACGACGCCGGAGGCGCAGUUCUAUCAUUCGUUACGGUUUAGUCCUGGGGUUUCAGUCCUCGAAAGCGCCAGUAUUUUUCAUGAAGCUCUUUAUUUCAACUUUGCAAAGUACGCGCGUAGCAGCAUCAAAAAGCAAAUGUAGUACAUUCGCACACCAUAAGCUACAGAGUUUUUGUGAAGCUGCGCAGCUCAGCUUCCAAUCGCAAACACGGUAGUAUUUCCGUCUUGUGGACUGAACAUCUUUAGAAUUCUUGUGUCACCUACUUAACGCAUUUACAUUUUCUUUCUUUCGCACACAAAAUUUUUACAUGACGACCACGCCGGGGGCUUUGAAAAGCGGAGGUGAAACCUAAAUAGAAAAAGCAGAAGACUUUGUUCGCAGCGGUGCCCUUUACAUGAGUGAACGGCAGCAAUUUUUUGCUGGCACGGAAGAAGGCGCGCAAGAGAGAUUAUGAG